GGAAGCCGUGAUCUUCAUUCAUUGCGGAAAAUUGAUCAUUUUAUAAGGGAAAGUGAUGACACGAUGUAUUGGUUUACAGUUAUUCUGAUCGCUUUUGUGCACACUUACUAUCCUGCUGAUGGGAAAACUGUAUCGGGAGUGUUUCAAAGCCACACAGCGAGGGAAAACAAUGGGCAAUACAUUGCAAAAUUUCUCUACCACGGGGAGAAUGGGCUGAUUUCCUACCGUUUGGAGAACGUGCCCUUGCUGGUGCAUAAAGAGGCCAGGCUUCUGCUGUUUCAGGGCAUCGAGAGCUUUGAAAACCUGAGCUGUCUUGACAGAGUGUCAGGGGCCCAGCUUAAAAUAUCCCUGAGUGCAGAAGAACACAAUCAGACCAUACCCCGACAGGCCAGACCCCAGGCCUGGCAUGUGAUGUAUGCAGACCGUUACACCUGCCAGGAGGAGGAACUCGAUGCUGUGCUGGAGGAUGUGGGCUUCCAGCUUAUCAUGCUCAACCCAGACUCUGCAGGAAACCCAACAGACCACUUCAGUGCUGAGGAGGCUGGUUUGCACAGCUUUUUCUUCUUGCUGAUUUUGGCCUAUUUUGUGGCCUCCUGUAUCUACAUGCAGCCCCUGUGGCAGGCUGUAUAUAAGGCAGGGCCCAUGCACACAGUGCUGAAGGUCCUGUCCACAGCUCUGUUCCUGCAGUGUUUAUCCGUGCUCUUGAACUACAUCCACAUGGCCAAGUAUGCCAGGAAUGGAGUGGGAGCACCUAUAAUGGGCAACCUAGCAGAGUUCUGUGACAUGGUGGCUCAAAUGCAGAUGGUAUACAUGCUGCUGAGUCUGUGUAUGGGAUGGACGCUGAGCCGAGGAAGGAAAUCCCAGAGUAAACCCCUGCAGUGGGACUCCUCUCCUGCAUCCACCGCUCUUGCUCUUGGAGGAGUUGUUACACAGGGAGCACUGCUGAUCUGGGAGCAGUUUGAGGACACCGACCAUCACAGUUAUCAUGGUCAACAAAGUGUACCUGGGUUACUGCUGAUGGUGCUGCGUGUUUCUCUCACGCUGAUACUUGCGUCACUCUUGUACCAGAUUAUCUCUGCAGAGCGGAGCACAAUAAAAAGGGACUUCUAUCUCAGCUUUGCCAAGGGCUGUUUCCUAUGGUUUCUGUGUCACCCAGUCCUGGUUCUUCUAUCCUUCCUAUUCAGUGAGCAUCAAAAGGAAAAGGUCAUAACGAUUGGUGUGAUUCUGUGCCAGUCCAUCUCCGUGGUGAUCUUGUAUAAAGUAUUUCUCUCUCGAAGUCUUUACUGGGAAGUGUCAUCGCUUUCCUCUGUGACACUUCCACUAACGAUGUCCAGAAGUCCACGGGGACAAUACUGAAGAUCGAUAUUGAUACUACACUGUUAACCCCUAUUUAUGAAGAGCACAGAGCCACUCCAGAAGAAGCAGUUUGUUGUCAAAAGACGUCAAAACAUGUUACCAUGUGUACAGAUUAAUGUAAACAUGUGCAUUAUAUUAUAUGCAAUGUUGUAAGGCAGGGAUAAGAUGCAACUGCUGGACCCUUCUGAUAAAUAAUCACCUGUACAAUGUAUUGAGCUGGACAUGCAGGACUGAGUUUAAAUUGUUUCGGCUAUAUAAGCAUCCACAUACAUUAAAAAAGAUUAUUGUAGAUAAGCAUGUAAAAGAUAUCUGGAAAGGUCAUAUUUUUGGUAAUUCCAUACUGAUGAUAAGAAAUUCUAUUUUUAUCUGUGGUUUGAAGGUCUGCCUGUUAAAAACGGCAAACUGAUGAGGAAUUAAAUAUUAGCACAUCUGUUAUCAGAGAUAUCUUUCUGGCAUAGAUAUGCUCCACAUACUUAAUAACAGAAAAUAGUUAUGAUGACUGAUUAGUUUCAUCCUAUUCUGAAACACUUUUAUGUUUACUGAUGGGAGUGGUCUCCUGCUAUGAAGACACUAUCUCCUUCGUGGUCACCAUAUCUUCACUCAGUUAAAGAGCUUGAGUUGAUUUUGUAGUGACAUUUUAGUCUGCAGUCUCUACCACUAUUAUCGAAACACCAACUAAGGUAUGGAAGAAUGGUGUUUAACACAAGAGACGUGUAAUAAUCCAGAUGCAGAAGCACUAAAGCUGUUUUAAAUGCAAUGUGGUGGGCCAAAAACUUACUAAGACACUUUCAUAUUUUUUCCUUUUUUUGUAUAGUUUUCAUUUUCUACAUGUCAUCUAAACAUAUUUGUUUUAUUGUUUUAGCUGGAACAUGUUUUUGGUGGCAAAGUGGCCCCUAGGUGUCGGUGAGUGUGUGUGCGCAGUGCUCUGCAAACCCAUCCCAUUUAGAGUUAAAUCAAUCCACGAUGAACGAUCUUUCAUAUGAAUCAUUGCAACAAUAAUUAACAAUAAAUUUUGGGUGUGUUUAUUGAAAAAAAGCCAUGAAUAUUCUUGACUCUGUAGAGCAAUGGGGUACAUAUGGAUUUGCACACAGAAAUAAUGCAGACACAAUGUUUAUUUUUAAACUAAACUUAAAUAUACUGUAAUGCCAAUGUUUGUUGUAUAAAUGACUAAAUAGAUUUAAACUUUUAUGUGGUUUGAUAUUCAUUUUCACAAGUGCCUGAAAUGACAAUCACUUUGCCAGUGAAAAAGUCUAAUGUUUAUUGCUCUGAUAAUAAUAAAUAAAAACUGAGCAAA